GCCUCCGGGCUCGGUUUGAAAUUCCGCGGCGGCCUAACGGCUCGCGGAGCCGCGACCCGGAGCAAGGCCGCCGGUUCUUGCGGGAGGUUGCUGCGCUCGGCCCUGCGUGGAGGUCUGGGGCCUCGACGCCCGGCUGCUUGGAGCGUCCGCCAUGAGGAGAAGUGAGGUGCUGGCGGAGGAGUCAAUAGUAUGUCUCCAGAAAGCUCUGAAUCACCUUCGGGAAAUAUGGGAAUUAAUUGGGAUUCCAGAGGACCAGCGGUUACAAAGAACGGAGGUUGUAAAGAAGCAUAUCAAGGACCUCCUGGAUAUGAUGAUUGCUGAAGAGGAGAGCCUGAAGGAAAGGCUCAUCAAAAGCAUAUCCAUCUGUCAAAAAGAGCUGAAUACCCUGUGCAGCGAGUUACAUGUCGAGCCAUUUCAGGAGGAAGGAGAGACCACCAUCUUGCAACUAGAAAAGGAUUUGCGCACUCAGGUAGAACUGAUGCGAAAACAGAAAAAGGAGAGAAAACAGGAACUGAAACUACUUCAGGAACAAGAUCAAGAACUGUGUGAAAUUCUUUGCCUGCCCCACUAUGACGUGGACAGCUCGUCCGUUCCCAGCCUAGAGGAGCUGAGCCAGUUCAGACAGCACGUGGCCACUUUGAGGGAGACAAAGGCCUCUAGACGUGACGAGUUCGUCAACAUAAAGAGACAGAUCAUACUGUGUAUGGAAGAAUUAGAUCACACCCCAGACACAAGCUUUGAAAGAGAUGUGGUGUGUGAAGAUGAAGAUGCCUUUUGUUUGUCUCUGGAGAAUAUCGCAACACUACAAAAGUUGCUACGGCAGCUGGAAAUGCGAAAGUCACAAAAUGAAGCAGUGUGUGAGGGUCUGCGGGCUCAAAUCCGAGAGCUCUGGGACAGGUUACAAAUACCUGCAGAAGAGAGAGAAGCUGUGGCCACGGUUAUGAGUGGGUCAAAGGCCAAGGUCAGGAAAGCGCUGCAAUUGGAAGUGGAUCGGUUGGAGGAACUGAAGAAGCAGAACAUGAAGAAAGUGAUUGAGGCGAUUCGAGUGGAGCUGGCUCAGUACUGGGACCAGUGUUUCUACAGCCAGGAGCAGAGACAGGCUUUUGCCCCUUACUAUGCUGAGGACUACACAGAAAAUCUGCUUCAGCUCCAUGAUGCCGAGAUGGUGCGGUUAAGAAACUACUAUGAGGUUCACAAAGAACUCUUUGAAGGUGUCCAGAAGUGGGAAGAAAGCUGGAGGCUUUUUUUGGAUUUUGAGAGAAAAGCUUCAGAUCCAAGUCGAUUUACAAACCGCGGAGGAAAUCUUCUAAAAGAAGAAAAGCAACGAGCCAAACUUCAAAAAAUACUCCCUAAGCUGGAAGAGGAGCUGAAGGCACGGAUUGAAAUGUGGGAACAGGAGCAUUCGCAGGCAUUUGUGGUGAAUGGGCAGAAAUUCAUGGAGUAUGUGACAGAACAAUGGGAGAUGCAUCGAAUGGAGAAGGAGCGAGCCAAGCAAGAGAGACAACUAAAGAACAAGAAGCAGACAGAGACAGAGAUGCUCUAUGGCAGUGCUCCCCGAACCCCCAGCAAGCGGCGAGGACUGGUACCCAACACACCGGGCAAAGUGCGCAAGCUGAACACUACCACCAUGUCCAACGCUACGGCCAACAGCAGCAUUCGGCCUGUCUUUGGGGGGACAAUCUACCGCUCCCCUGUGUCUCGACUUCCACCUUCUGGCAGCAAGCCGGUCGUCACUUCCACUUGUUCGGGGAAAAAAACGCCCCGUGCUGGCAGGCAUGGAACCAACAAGGAGAACCUGGAGCUCAACGGCAGCAUCCUGAGUGGUGGGUACCCUGCCUCGGCCCCCCUCCAGCGCAACUUCAGCAUUAAUUCUGUUGCCAGCACCUAUUCUGAGUUUGCGAAGGAUCCGUCCCUCUCUGACAGCUCCACUGUCGGGCUUCAGCGAGAACUUUCAAAGGCUUCCAAAUCUGAUGCUACUUCUCGAAUCCUCAAUUCGACCAACAUCCAGUCCUGAGAGGCCCUGAGCGGUCAGCCAGCUGUGGCUUCCUGUGCCUAGACUAGAUCUAAUUAUCUAUGUGGCUUUCAUUUUUCUUGAGUUUAGGUGUGCUUGAGAAUCUGGACAGGUUCCACUACCACGGGCCUAACUUACAGAAGUGAAUGAGUGUCACAGAGCAAAGUCCAUCAUAGGCUUAGUGGGUCUUCAAAGACUUGAUUUUGUUUUGACCCAAGAAAUACAUUAAAACUUAGUUCAUAGCAGUAAGUGCAAAUUUUAGCAAAUGGAACCUAAUUUUUCUCUACCCCGUAAUUCUGCUUGCUGAAACACGAGCAAGGGCGUGUCGUCUUUCACCACGGUGUGGGAAAAGGAGUGUGCCGGUCCUUGGGGUAGGGACCUGAAGCAAUAGUGGCUCGUAGGCUGUCACUAGUAAUUAACAUCUUUUUUGUUGAGGGACGCUGAGUUAACGCUCUGGCUACAGUAGCUUUGCUCUCACCUAAAGAUCUGUCUCCGCCACACAGGACAGCCUUCCUCCUGCUGAGGAUGUGUGUGUGUCAGAAGUGGAGAUGGCCUGACCUACUGCCAAAGAGGUGACAGGGAGGCUGGGAACUCCUUUGUUAAACUGUGUACAGUUCUGUUAUUGUGCAAUGCCCUUUGUGGGGACGAGUGUGUGAACACGUGCCUGUCUGAACUCUGUUUCUGCAGUUUUCCUCUGGGUUGAGUCCCGCCAUCCCUCUGCCCGCUCGGUCCGAGUUCAUCUACCCCGGCAGUUGCCGAGUUGGGAGGCUCUUUGGAUGGGUUGGGCCAUUUCUGUUGUGGAGAUCUGGAACUUUGCACAAAUCAGUAUUGGGGAGUUGUUUCUGCUCCAGCGUCCACGUCUUUACCUACCCUACUGAUCACUACUGCUCUCCCCAAAGCACUAUUUAUUCUUACCUUGUCUGCCUCUGUCAGCACGUUCAAUGGUUCUCAAAACUCACCAGCAUGGAUUUGGUCUGUGUCCGCCAUGCUGCUUAGACGUAUACAUGUCCUGUUUUUAAAAUAUAAAUAUAUUCUUAAAAAUAAAUUAAAAUGUGUAUACUUAC